AAGACUUGAUUUUGAGGUGGGUUUUUUGGGUUUUGUUUAUUAUUUGGAUUUAUAAUGGAAGUUUGCUGUGAUCUUGAAGUGGAUGUCAAUGGGGAAGAGACUUUCAUGGUGGACAAGAAAAUUAUUGCUUCAUAUUCUGGAAGAUUGAGCAAAUUAUUUGGUAAAUCGAAGGGUUCCACAAGAAAUCUUAAGGUGAUUUUCCACGACUUUCCAGGAGGUGCUGAGAGUUUUGAGCUCAUGUCUAGAUUCUGUUAUAACAAUGGAAAGACUCAUAUAAGUCCUUCCAAUAUAUCCCUCCUACAUUGUGCUGCACAGUUCAUGGAAAUGAACAACUCUGUUUCUGCAACCAAUAAUUUAAUAGAACAAACAGAGAAAUCACUUGAAGAGAUCAGCUACUGGACAUGGUCUGAGCUUUUGGUCGCUUUGAAGCAAUGCCAACAUUUACUUCCCCAUGUGAAUUCUUCAGGUGUUCUUCAGAAAUGCUUAGAUUCCCUUGCUGGGAGGCUGGCCUUAGCUAGUGAUGCAAGUCCAUGUCCAUCUACUUCUUCCCCAGACAGCUCUGUAUUUCGGUUUUCUUGUGACACUAAGAGCACUGAGAGUUUAAAGACCAGUUUAUCUCGAGGAACAUGGUGGUUUGAAGAUCUUCUGAUCUUGAAUCCUGUUUUGGUCGAAAUGGUGGUCAAAUCCAUGGUCGUGCGAAAAAUUGACCAUCUUAUGAUCAGCAGGUUCCUCUUUUAUUACCAGAAGUCAAAGUUUUAUGCUGCCACAUCUGAUGAGAAGCGAAAAGUUAUAGAAGCUGUCAUUGAUAUGCUUUAUACUCUUGAUGGGAGCUCUGUUUCCUGCAAGAGUUUAUUUGGGAUUCUUCGGGUUUCCAUGACUUUGAACAUAAACAAAAGUAGCAGGAACAAGUUGGAGAGCAUGAUUGGUUCACAGUUGGAUCAAGCAGCAUUGGAUAAUCUGCUUGUUCCUUCUCCACAGGGGAUGAAUUACCUAUAUGAUGUGAAUCUUGUUCUGAGGUUUUUGAAAGCGUUUUUUCGCGGAGGAAUUUGUCAAGCUUCUGCUAUUAAAUUGAGGAAAGUUGCUAGCUUGAUGGAUUCCUAUAUAGCAGAAGUAGCCCCAGAUCCUCGUUUAAAGCCUUCAAAGUUCUUGGCAUUAGCAAUGGCCUUGCCGGAUUCUGCUAGGGACUCUUAUGAUGGACUCUACCGUGCUGUUGACAUGUUUCUAGAGGUACAUGCAGGAUUGUCAGAAGAUGAGAAGUUAGAGAUAUGUUGUGCAUUGAACUAUGAGAAGCUCUCGGCAGAAGUUUGCAUACACCUUUCUCAGAACACCAAAUUUCCAUCAAAAUCUGCAGUCCAAGCUCUAAUUUCUCAGCAAGACAAACUCAAAGGCUUACUCCAUGGCACCAGCAAUCCUAAACCAAUUACUGAUUCGCCCUGUACUUCCACAGAAGUCAGAAGCAUGGGAAAGAAUGAUGAAGCCAGUGAUCAGGUUGUGCUCUAUGCAGGGAAACUUGAUGUAUUGUCUGAUAAUGAGAAACUCAAAGCACAUUUGCAAGGAAUGCAGUGGAGGGUUAUGGAGUUGGAGAAAGUUUGUAAGAAAAUGCAAACUCAGAUGGCGAAGAUUAUGAAAUAUAGAAUCUCAAGGCAAGGUCAUACCAGAUCCUUACCUAGGCUUUGUUCAUGAUACAAUAUUAUUAUGUAAAACUUGUAUUUAUUACGUAAUUUCUCAUAGUUGUAUAGCAUCAGAAAUGGUUUCCUGUGUUCUUAA